UUCUCGUUGACGUUCGGCGUCUCACUCACUGUUAUAGGAAUUUUCGUAGUCAGCUCGCUAGGGUUUUGACGGCGCCUGAGCUUCAGCGAGAUGGCGUCUUCCGCCUCCAUUCAGAUUUCCAUGGCCAUUUCUUCGAGAUCGUCCGAUUUCUUAGGCAGCCAUUCUUUCACCAACAACAACAAGUUCAGGCCCUGGAAAGUGUCUCUUCCGGGCAGAAAGCUUGGAGUGUGCAGGUGUGUGUCAGCUCAUUCUACGGAAGCGACUGCUUACAAGACGAAAGUUACAAGAAAUUCAAAUAUGGCUAAACUUCAAGCAGGUUAUCUGUUCCCAGAGAUCGCUAGAAGGAGGUCAGCGCACAUGUUAAAGUACCCAGAUGUAAAAGUUAUUAGCCUUGGCAUUGGUGAUACUACAGAACCCAUUCCGGAAGUCAUAACUUCUGCCAUGGCCAUGAGGGCGGAUUCUCUUACAACAUUUGAAGGUUAUACUGGUUAUGGUGCUGAACAAGGGGAUACGAAGCUAAGAGCUGCUAUAGCCUCAACAUACUAUAAAGACCUUAUUAUUGAAGAAACUGACAUAUUUGUAUCAGAUGGGGCAAAGUGUGAUAUCUCUCGGCUUCAGCUUCUUUUUGGAUCUGAAGUGAAAAUGGCUGUUCAAGAUCCAUCAUAUCCUGCAUAUGUUGAUUCAAGUGUUAUCAUGGGACAAACUGGUUUAUUUCAGAAGGAUAUCGAGAAAUAUGCAAACAUUGAAUACAUGAGAUGUGUACCUGAGAAUGAUUUUUUCCCUGAUUUGUCAACUAUCUCACAAGCUGAUGUCAUCUACUUCUGUUCACCAAACAACCCAACAGGAUAUGCAGCAACGAGAGAUCAGCUGACCCAACUAGUUCAGUCUGCAAAGGAUAAUGGGUCAAUUAUAGUUUAUGAUUCUGCUUAUGCUAUGUAUAUUUCAGAUGACAGUCCUCGUUCUAUCUUUGAAAUCCCCGGAGCAAAAGAAGUAGCAAUUGAAAUAUCAUCAUUUUCCAAGUAUGCUGGUUUCACUGGCGUACGCCUUGGCUGGACUGUGAUCCCAAAGGAAUUGCUUUUCUCUGAUGGUUUUCGUGUUGCCAAGGAUUUCAAUCGAAUUGUAUGCACAUGCUUCAAUGGUGCAUCAAACAUUGCACAAGCUGGAGGUCUAGCCUGUCUCUCUCCUGUGGGUUUGAAGGCCAUGCAAGACACUCUUAACUUUUACAAAGAGAAUACUAAGAUCAUCGUGGACACAUUUAGCUCACUCGGCUUCAAUGUUUACGGAGGGAAGAAUGCUCCCUAUGUCUGGGUACAGUUCCCUGGUCGUAGCUCGUGGGACGUGUUUGCUGAGAUUCUUGAGAAGGCACAUGUGGUUACUACACCCGGAAGUGGAUUCGGACCCGGAGGGGAGAGCUUUAUCAGGGUCAGUGCUUUUGGUCACAGAGAGAACAUUUUGGAAGCUGCCAAAAGAAUCAAGCAACUUUACAGAUGAGAUCGAUGGCCACUAUUCAUCUCCAUUUUAAGGACAUUAUGCAGUGAGAUAUAGAGUUUAUCGGGCUUGGAAUAAUGAGCGUAAGAGAUUAUAAUCAUGUGUUUUUUAUUUGCUGAAGAAAGAUCUACAUAGUUAUGCAUUCAGUUAUUCCCAGGAUUAAAUCCAUGAACUUUGUGGAAAUUGAAAACUAUCUUCCAACUAGUUUGCCUUGUCUCCUUUUA